AUGGUUUCAUUCAAGACUCUUUCCCUCGCUGUUGCUGCUUCUGCUGUCAUUGCUGCUCCUGCUAACCAGCAAUCCACUCCUAACUUCCCUGACCCAAACACCAAUGCUUGGGUCGAAGGUGCUCAUGAGUCCAUGGUCAACCACCAACAAGUUGUUGAGACUUAUAACCGUCAAAUGCAACUUAACCCCAGCCAGCCCCACAACGCUGACCGUAUCAUUGCUGCAAUCACUGGUGCUGAUUCCCAGAUUGACAAUGCCAUUGCCACUGUUGCCCACGCUUUGGCUCCCUUCACGGGUGGUCUUUCCCUUGCCGUUGGAAAUGCUCUUCUUGGUCCCUUUGCCCAAUCUGUUACCAACGGUGCUGAGGUUCUCAUCGGCAAUUUGGUUGGUGGUGCUGAAGAUCGUAUGCAAACUGCAGCUGCCGCUUACACCACCAGACUUACUUCAUUGAGAGCCCAAGCUGUUAGAUUCAAUGUCAACACUUCUCGUCUUGAUCAUGCCAUUACUCAGCUCCAGGCUCGUCUUUCCAAGUCUAACUAA